AAGCGAAACGUAAACAAAAAAAAAAGGAGGAAUGGCGGCAACUAAAUCUAAAUCUAGUCUUGAUUUAAAGAACAUUUUUUCUUUCGAACUACUCUUGUAAUAGUAUAGAUUUCUACUCUCAUCUGUUGAUCUAGAUCAAGAUUUUUUACUAGAUCUAUACUAAAAUCAAUAGUGAUGACGAAAACCAAACAGUUAUCCAAAACUGUAGCAUCAAAGACAUCAACUUCAAAAGAUCAUCGUCAUGAUCAUGAUGAUGAUGAUCAGAGUGAUGAUGCCACUCCCACUCCCAGUAUUUCAAAAUCAAAACAAAAAAGUCAAAAUGAAGAUGAUCAAGAUGAAGAUGGAAGCAGCAGUAAAUCAAAUAGAUCUAGAUCUACCACCACCGCUUCAAUUUCAAGACUUUUAGUUAAAAACAGAAAAGUAUCAGAAUCUCAGAUGUCCAAAUGGAAGCCUAUUCAACCAGAUUUUCUCAAUUUCAUACUUUCCUUGUUGGAAGAUUCAUUGGCACGUUAUUCAUUUUCAAAGUCAGGAAACAAAGAAGUGAUGAGAAUAGAGAAAAAAAUACGCACAACAAUUUUAAAUGGGUUAAAGACUUCAAAGUUUCCAGCAGAAAAGUUGAUCGAUUUCAAAACUAUGAAAUCUUCAGAGGAGGCACUAUUAGCAGAGAAAAGGAAUCUAGAUCAACUGGAGUUUAAACUAUCUUCGGCUCUCAAAAAGGAAGAAAAAGAAAAUAAACGAUUACUUGCAGAAGCAAAUAGUGUUGAUUCAACUUCAUUAAAUAUGACUGAACAAUAUCAUCCAAUUUUGGAAAGUUUGGUCGUGACAAGAAAUGUGUUGCUAUAAAAUUUGUCAGAAAGCCAAUCUGAUGCCAACCUGUAUAUAGAUCUGUCAGAAAUGCAAUCUGAAGCCACCCCUUUAACAAAGAUCUGCAUCACACCUGAUUGGGAGCAUACUCCUAAGUGCUACUUAUGUAUAUAUUUUGUUAAUACAUGUUUAAAUGUUAAUAAAACUUUUCUGGAAAAAGUAAUUGAAUUUUUUUUAAUGUAAUUUGUAUGUUUUUUAUGUAAUUUUGAUAGAUUGAUAUUACAAUUAACUAAUAAGAUGCGUCCAAAUAUAAAAUUUGGAUAUUUUGUUUUCUUUUACUUAUGGAUGGAUCUUAAAUUAAAAUCCAGAUCAGAUAA